AUGCAUAGAUUCCUUGUGAAGCUAUCAUCUUCUUCUUAUUCUUAUAAUUCACUGAGAAACUCGAAGAAUCAGCGUCUGAGUUCCCAUCUAUUGCCUUCAUCAAUUACGUCAAAUCCUGUUACUCCAAGCCCACCGAUUCCUACUAAUCGAUUCCUUUUCCGAUCUGGGCAUCCUUAUUCCGCCGAGUUGUUUCGGAAUUCGCGACAUUUCAGCUCGAAUUUAGGAGCUAAUAAUGGGAGUAGAUGUAUCAGCAGUGAAGCGGGAAGAGAGUCGAUUGAGUACGAUGUUUUGAUCGUCGGAGCUGGACCGGCCGGUUUAUCUGCUGCUAUUCGAUUGAAACAGCUCUGCCAGGAGAAGAACGCCGAUCUAUCAGUGUGUGUCGUUGAGAAAGGAGCAGAAGUUGGAGCACACAUAAUUUCUGGAAAUGUUUUUGAACCUAGAGCACUAGAUGAACUUCUUCCACAUUGGAGACAAGAACAGGCACCCAUUGAGAUCGCUGCUUCUUCUGAUAAAUUCUGGUUUUUGACGAAAGACCGUGCCAUUUCACUUCCUUCUCCGUUUGAUAACAAGGGGAACUAUGUGAUUAGUUUGAGCCAAGUGGUCCGUUGGUUAGGAGGCAAAGCUGAGGAGCUUGGAACAGAGAUAUAUCCUGGAUUCUCUGCUAGUGAGGUGUUGUACGAUGCAAGCGAUAAAGUUGUUGGGAUUGCAACCAAAGAUAUGGGAAUAUCCAAAGAUGGUUCCAAGAAGGAGACUUUCCAGCCAGGCGUAGACAUAAAAGGACGAGUGACACUAUUUGCAGAAGGAUGCAGAGGAUCAUUGUCUGAGAAAAUAAUCGGAAAGUAUAAAUUAAGAGAAGAGGUUAAUGCACAACAUCAGACAUAUGCUUUGGGAAUUAAGGAGGUGUGGGAGAUAGACGAAAGUAAGCAUAACCCCGGGGAAGUUGUUCACACAUUGGGUUGGCCCUUGGAUAACAAGACAUAUGGAGGCUCUUUCCUGUACCACAUGAACGAUAGACAGGUGGCGCUUGGCUUGGUUGUUGCCUUGAAUUACCAAAACCCUUUCUUGAAUCCUUAUGAGGAAUUUCAGAAACUCAAACACCAUCCUGCCAUUAAACGCAUCUUGGAAGGUGGUACUGUGCUUCAGUAUGGAGCUCGUACUCUAAAUGAAGGUGGUUUUCAGUCCAUUCCCUAUCCAGUUUUUCCUGGAGGAGCAAUAAUUGGAUGUUCAGCUGGUUUUCUCAAUGUGCCCAAGAUUAAGGGAACACACACCGCAAUGAAAUCAGGAAUGUUAGCAGCAGAGGCUGCAUUUGGUGCACUUCAUGAAGGUUUAAACAUGAACACAUACUGGGACAACCUGAGGGAUUCAUGGGUGUGGAAGGAGCUCUAUGCUUCUCGAAACUACCGACCUGCAUUCGAGCAUGGUCUAAUCCCUGGCUUGGCCGUAAGUGCUAUGGAACACUAUGUACUGAAAGGAAGGGUCCCUUACACGCUCAAGCACGGUAAAGCAGACCACGAAGCAACAGAUCUUUCUCGGAACUGCAAGCCGAUUGAGUAUCCAAAGCCAGAUGGUGUUUUGUCGUUUGAUGUGCCAACUUCUUUAUACAGGAGUAAUACCAAUCAUGAUCAUGAUCAACCAUCUCAUUUACGUUUGAGGGACCCCAAGAUUCCAGAAAAGAUAAACUUUCCAGAGUAUGCUGCACCAGAGUCACGUUACUGCCCGGCCCGUGUAUACGAAUAUGUGGAAGAUGAAGAGGGUAAGCCGAAACUGCAGAUCAACGCUCAAAACUGUUUGCACUGCAAGGCAUGUGACAUCAAAGACCCAAAGCAGAACAUAGAGUGGACAGUGCCUGAAGGUGGUGGAGGCCCUGCUUAUUCCCUCAUGUAG